CAACUGCUCACACCUACUGAAAUUUCAGAUUCUGGGUUGCCUUUGUUUUCCAAGUUUCUUCGAGCUUCGCUGCUCCUGUUUUCUUUCUCAGUGAAUUUGCAAGUUGUUGAGAAGUCAAGAUCUAUCUGUGGAAGGAAGAUGAAGAUCCAGUGCGAUGUCUGCGAGAAAGCUCCUGCGACUCUGAUUUGCUGUGCUGAUGAAGCGGCGCUGUGCGCAAAAUGUGAUUUAGAAGUUCAUGCAGCAAACAAGCUCGCAAGCAAGCACCAGAGGUUGCUUCUUCAAUGCCUCUCCAACAAACUCCCUCCAUGUGACAUUUGCCAAGAGAAGCCUGCUUUCAUUUUUUGUGUGGAAGACAGGGCUUUAUUUUGCCAGGAUUGUGAUGAGCCAAUACAUGCUGCCAGCAGCCUCUCUGCAAAACACCAGCGGUUCCUGGCCACUGGAAUCCGUGUUGCUGUCAACUCGAGUUGCACAAAGACCAGCGAGAAGAGCCAUCAAGAGCCAAACCCACCUAAUCAGAGUGCCCAAAAGAUUGCCAUGAAAAUGCCAACCCCCAAUCUUCUAGCUUGA